AUGAAGACCCCUUUUCUCUUUGUCUGUGUGAUUGCUUUGAGUGUGAUUGGGGUUUGUCAAGGAGGUGCUUUGAGAAAGAAAUUCUACAAGACAUCAUGUCCUCAAGCAGAGGAUAUUGUCAGAAGGGUCACCUGGAGCCAUGUCUUAAGCAACCCCAACUUGCCUGCAAAGCUUUUGAGAAUGCAUUUUCAUGACUGUUUUGUUAGGGGCUGCGACGGCUCUAUUUUACUAAAUUCCACUGCUACUAGCACUGCGGAGAAAGAUGCAAUUCCAAAUCUAACUUUAUCAGGAUUUGAUACUAUUGAUGCCAUAAAAUCAGAGUUAGAGAAUGCAUGUCCAGGAGUUGUAUCUUGUGCUGACAUCUUGGCCUUGGCCGCUAGGGACUCAGUUUCCUUCCAAUUCCAAAAGCCAAUGUGGGAAGUGCUUACUGGCAGAAGAGACGGCAAUGUUUCAUUAGCUUCCGAUGUCUCUUCUAACCUUCCUUCGCCCUUCUUCGACUUCUCCACCCUCUUGAAAAAUUUCAAGGACAAGGGUCUCAACGUCCAUGAUCUAGUUGUACUAUCAGGCGGACACACCAUUGGAAUAGGCCACUGUAAUCUCUUCAGCAAUAGGCUCUACAACUUCACAGGCAAAGGCGACCAAGACCCUUCUCUGAACUCCACAUACGCAGCUUUCCUGAAGACUAAAUGCCAAAGUCUUAGUGACACGACCACCACCGUAGAGAUGGAUCCUGGCAGCUCUCUAAACUUCGAUAGCAACUAUUUCGUUAUCCUUAGGGAGAAUAAGGGUCUAUUUCAAUCCGAUGCAGCCCUUCUAACGAACAAGAUCGCAAGAAAUAUUGCUGGAGAAUUGGUUAACUCGGGAGCUUUCUUCGUAGAGUUUGCAGAGUCAAUGAAGAGGUUGGGAGCAGUUCAGGUUCUUACUGGCACUAAAGGGGAGAUUAGGAACAAGUGCAGUGUGGCCAAUACCUAAGCGAUUCUUUCUUGCAUGUCUAUGUUUUUCUUAGAUUAUUUUGUAUUGUGUUGAUUUAAAUUAUUUAGCCUUUCAUGGUCCAAUGACCUUUUGAUGGGUA